AUGCACCAGGAGAAAGCAGAGAGAAUCUGUGGCGUGAUUGGUCUUGGCUGGAGGCGACAGCAUGGAGCUCAGAACCCCAUUUCAUGGGAGGUGCAGCGAUUUGGUGGGUGGUACAACAACCUCAUGGAGCACAGAUGGGGCAGCAAAGGCUCUCGGCUGCAGCGCCUCAUCCCAGCCAGCUAUGCAGUUGGUGUGUACCAGCCCUUCCGAGAGCCUCAUUUGCCCAACCCCCGGGCACUUAGCAACACAGCCAUGAUGGGCCCCGCAGGGCAGGGCUCCCUGUGAAACCGCACAGUGCUGGGAGUGUUCUUCGGCUACCACGUGCUCUCGGACGUGGUGAGCGUGGAAAAGCCUGGCUGCCCGGCCGAGUUCCUCAACAUCCACAUCCCGCCCGGAGACCCCGUGUUCGAUCGCGACCAGAGCGGGGACGUGGUGCUGCCCUUCCAGAGGAGCCGCUGGGACCCCGAGACCGGACAGAGCCCCAGCAACCCCCGGGACCUGACCAACGAGGCGACGGGCUGGCUGGACAGCAGCGCCAUCUAUGGCUCCUCGCACUCCUGGAGCGACGAGCUGCGCAGCUUCUCCGGGGGGCAGCUGGCGUCGGGGCCCGACCCCGCCUUCCCCCGGAACGCGCAGGACCCGCUGCGCAUGUGGACUGCGCCCGACCCCGCCACGGGACGGCGCGGGUCACGGGGGCUGUACGCCUUCGGGGCGGAGCGAGGGAACCGCGAGCCCUUCCUGCAGGCGCUGGGCCUGCUCUGGUUCCGCUACCACAACCUGUGGGCGCAGAGGCUGGCCCGCCAGCACCCGCUCUGGGGGGACGAGGAGCUGUUCCAGCACGCGCGCAAGAGGGUCAUCGCCACCUACCAGAACAUCGCGAUGUAUGAGUGGCUGCCCAGCUUCCUGCAGCAAGCACCGCCGAAUUACACAGGGUACCGCCCUUUCCUGGACCCCAGCAUCUCUCCGGAGUUCCUGGCGGCCUCUGAGCAGUUCUUCUCCACCAUGGUGCCCCCUGGCGUCUACAUGAGAAAUGCCAGCUGCCACUUCCAGGGGGUCAUCAAUAGGAACUCAAGUGUCUCCAGAGCUCUCUGGGUCUGCAAUAGCUACUGGAGCCGAGAGCACCCAAACGUACAAAGAGCUGAAGAUGUGGACUCGCUGCUGCUGGGCAUGGCCUCCCAGAUCGCUGAGUGAGAGGACCAUGUGGUGGUUGAGGAUGCAUGAGACUUGGUAUCUCAUCCCGAUUUCUUGCCUGGGCCACUGAAGUUUUUCCACACAGACCACCUGGCCAGUUGCCUGCAGCCAGGCCGGGAUCUGGGCCUGCCCUCUUACACAAAGGCCAGGGCAACACUGGGCCUGCCUCCAGUUACCAGAUGGCAGGACGUCAACCCUGCACUCUUCCGGAGUGAUGGCACUGUGAGGAGGGGUCAGGACCCAGAGGGCAGGGUGGGAGGUCCAGGGCACACUGGCUUGAGACACGGAAGAUGGGCGGCGAAACACAUGCAUCAGAGACAGGCACCUGGUGAGAGGGGCAGGGCUCACACAGGUCGCUUUUCCCAGUAUCACACACCAGGAUGGAGUGCAGGCCGUGUGGUGAAUGUCUACCUCUUCUCCAUCAGCCCGCUCAGCAUCCUUUCCUGCCUCUUACCUGGUCUCUUCCAUGACAACGGUUCCCCCCAGAAGUGUUACUGGUGGUUCUUCCAGACCAUGCCAGGUUUCACGGGGGUCAUGCUGCUCCUGGUUCUCGCCGUCAUGUACGUCUUCGCCUCCCACCACUUCCAGCGCCGCGGCUUCCAGGGCUUCUGGCUGACCCACCACCUCUACAUCCUGCUCUACGUGCUGCUCAUCAUCCAUGGCAGCUUCGCUCUGAUCGAGCUGCCCCGUUUCCACAUCUUCUUCCUGGUCCCAGUACUUAUCUAUAUGGGGGACAAGCUGGUGAGCCUGAGCCGGAAGAAGGUGGAGAUCAGUGUGGUGAAAGCGGAGCUGCUGCCUUCAGGAGUGACACGCCUCGAGUUCCAGCGGCUCCAAGGCUUUGAGUACAAGUCAGGACAGCGGGUGUGGAUCGCCUGCCUGGCUCUGGGGACCACAGAGUGCCACCCCUUCACCCUGACUUCUGCGCCCCACGAGGACACGCUUAGCCUGCACAUCCGGGCAGCAGGGCCCUGGACCACCCGCCUCAGGGAGAUCUACUCACCCCCGACGGGUGACAGCUGUGCCCAACAUCCAAAGCUGUACCUCGAUGGACCAUUUGGAGAGGGCCACCAGGAGUGGCGUAAGUUUGAGGUGUCCGUGCUGGUGGGAGGGGGCAUUGGGGUCACACCCUUUGCCUCCAUCCUCAAAGACCUGGUCUUCAAGUCAUUGGUCAGCUGCCAAGUGUUCUGUAGGAAGAUCUGCUUCAUCUGGGUGACACGGACCCAGCGGCAGUUUGAGUGGCUGGCUGACAUCAUCCGGGAGAUGGAGGAGAAUGACCACCAGGACCUGGUGUCCGUGCACAUCUACAUCACCCAGCUGGCUGAGAAGUUUGACCUCAGGACCACCAUGCUGUACAUCUGUGAGCGGCACUUCCAGAAGGUGCUGAACCGGAGUCUGUUCACGGGCUUGCGCUCCAUCACCCACUUUGGCCGACCCCCCUUCGAACCCUUCUUCGACUCUCUGCAGGAGGUCCACCCAAAGGUCCAGAAGAUCGGGGUGUUUAGCUGUGACCCCCGUGGCAUGACCAAGAAUGUGGAAAAGGCCUGUCAGCUCAUCAACAGGCAGGACGGGAUUCGUUUCUCCCACCAUCAUGAGAACUUCUAGGCCUCCUGCCCAGGGCCUCUGCCCACUGCCCAGCUGAGCAGAGGUUUGGCCCCAUACCUCACCUCUAGCUUUCCUGUUUCUGGCUCCCUCAGCCGUCUCCCCAUUCGCACCUCCCAACCUUGGUCCAGGUGGCCAUGGUUAGUCACCUCAUGCGGGUUCAGGGACUCCAAGGCCUGGAGGGUCUCAGCCUGGAGAAAUGCAAGGCACUGUGUGGGGACUAGAGGUUGGGAGGUAGGAGAGCUAUUAUUCCUUUGGGGCAAAGUGACACCUCUUCUUCCAAAAUAAGAAAAAAAAUCAAAAGACUG